AUCUGCAGCAUGAUCACUACAUUAGUCCUCGUCCUCCUCCCCCUAGAGCUGAUCCAUCAUGGUAUUAUUUAUUUAUUAAUAUUAUACUGAAUUUAUGAGGAUGAGGAUUUUUUGAAUUGUUACUGGUGGUAGUAGUGUUCAACUCAGUCACCUAAUAUUAAUUUCUGGAAGCAAUCAAUUAGUGGGAAAACAAUGGAUCCAGCCUGAAUAUAUGCAUAUAAAAACAAUGAAUUAGAAUAUGCAUUCUGAUGGGGCUCGUUUGUCAGAAUAAAAGUACCAUUUGAAAAAUAUAUAUAUGCCCAUUUAACUUAAAUAUGGGCCUGAGUAGUCGUUGAGAAGCCGUGUACAACCACAACAGCCUGGGACCUCCUCUUAAUGCUGGUCACGAGCUUGGUCACAGACUGCUGUGGGAUUGCAUCCCGUUCUUCAAUAACAUUUGUCGCAAGUUCACCAUUGUGGAUGUUUUGGUCACUCUGGGAUGAACAUCACACCCAAUCUGAUCCAACAAGUGUUCAGUAGAGUUGAGGUCAGUCCUGCAGGCAUUCAUGGUGACAAGUUUUGUUUUUAUAGUGAGGAAGACAUCACCCCACACCAUCACACUGCCCCCACCCAGCAAUGUUUGGCUGUGACAGGGAGGAUUUGGCAAGCUUUUCAUGAGAGCAACACACAAAUGCAUUUCUCUUACAUAUGUGGCACAAUUUAAUUUUAAACGGAUUAUUCAACAGUAUAUGAUUUAUUGACAAGAACCCAAACGGCCUGUGACCAAACACAAACUUAGCUUUGUACUAAAUUUAUUUUACCAACUUAAAAAAUCGUGGAAAAUCUGAAAAAAAAAAAAAGAUUUUUUGUUGUUGCUGCAUGGAAAUGCUAUUUGAUCCACCACAGGCUUAAUUCCCACUUUUUCCCUGUAUUUUCUAUAAGCUGGAUGUGGGGAAACCCUCGCCUUUCUCCUCCUCCUCCUCCUCAUUCUCCUCCUCAAGCCUUCACAUCCGGGUUAGUUGUGUUGGUUGGAGCUUGAUGCUGCAUUCAAGUGUUCAAUGUAAAUUUGUACUUUUGUAGUUUUAAAGUUAUAAUAGUCUAUUUUUUAUAUUAUUGAUCACAUAAAAGGUCUUUAACUCUUCAGUCUAACCUACAUUUAACGCAGCAUGUGUUUUAUAGAUAAAGAAACAGACUAAUGUUCAAGGCUAGUGGAAAUUCGCGGACCACUCAUGUAACUUCUUGCACUAGUUUCAUUUUAGAUGUAAAAUAAAUCCUUUUUAGAAAUAAUUGUACUACGAAGCCUGCAAAAACAAUAUUUCAUCUGCUAAUCUGGUUUAUUUGCUAGAUAUUCUGUUAGUGUUCGGUGAUAGUAUCAUCUCCGAGCUUUAAGGGUGGCAGUGAACGUAUCACAAGUUGGGCAGCUCUCAGUUAUCCAAAAGGCAGACUGAUGAUCCAGCUGCUGAACGCUGACAUGGAUACAACUGCGCCUUUCCACUGAAAUGGGACGCAAUCCAGCGUGAACUGUGACACCGUGGGGACACAAACAGCGACUACAAACUUUUUUUGUUGCCUUGCACGGCUGCGCUCAUGUAAACUCGCCAUGUCUAAGAGCCUGAAGAAGAGGAAGAACCACUGGACCAACAAAGUCCAUGAGAGUAUCCUUUGCAGGAAUGAGGAGGGGGAGCUGGGGCUGGAGCUGAAGGGCGGCGCGGAGCACGGCCAGUUCCCGGUCAUCGGUGAGCUUCUCCCGGGCAGAGCCGUGUGCCACAGCGGUAAACUCUUCCAGGAGGACUUGGUGCUGGAAGUCAACGACACUCCGGUGGCUGGGCUGACCACCAGGGAUGUCCACGCCGUGGUCAAGCACAGCAAAGACCCCGUCAGACUCAAGUGUGUCAAGCAAGGGGGUGUGAUUGACAAGGACCUCCGGCGCUAUCUCAACCUGCGUUUCCAGAAAGGUUCAGUGGACCACGAGCUGCAGCAGAUCAUCCGGGACAACCUGUAUCUCCGCACCAUUCCCUGCACUACUCGGCAGCCCAAGGAGGGAGAGGUCCCAGGCGUGGAUUAUAAUUUUGUGACCGUUGACCGGUUUAUGGAAUUGGAGAAAAGCGGAGCUCUGCUGGAGAGUGGAACAUAUGAAGAUAACUUUUACGGCACCCCAAAGCCUUCAGCUGAGCCCAGCGCUCUGCUGCUAAAUGUAACAGACCAGCUGCUGCCGGGUGUAAGACCCAGCUCCGAGGGCAAGAGAAAGCGGAACAAGUCAGUCAGCAACAUGGAGAAAGCCAGCAUCGAACCCCCCGAGGAGGAGGAGGAGGAAAAGCCCAUCGUCAAUGGCAACAGCAUUGCCGUCACCCCAGAGUCAAGCGAGCACGAGGACAAGAGCACAGAUGCUUCAGGGGACGUCAGACCUCAGAGUAACCCAGUGGAGGCCCCAGCAGAGGUACCCCAAGAGGAUGGCCAGUCCCCGAAGACGGUGGUCCCCAAACCAGAGGAGAAUGACGAGCUAGGAACCCUACCUGACAACUGGGAGAUGGCUUACACUGAGAAAGGAGAAGUUUACUUCAUUGACCACAACACUAAGACAACAUCGUGGUUGGACCCAAGGCUCGCCAAGAAGGCAAAGGCACCCGAGGAAUGCAAAGAGGAUGAGCUUCCGUACGGUUGGGAGAAAAUCGAUGACCCCAUUUACGGGAGCUACUAUGUCGAUCAUAUAAAUAGAAGGACCCAAUUUGAGAAUCCGGUCCUGGAGGCUAAGAGGAGACUCCAGCAGCAGCAGAUGCAAAGCCAGGGUCUGUCCUCACUGCCCCUUCCCACCAUCUACAGAGAAAAACCCCUGUUCACCCGAGAUCCCACUCAGCUUAAAGGCAGCUUCCUAUCCACAUCUCUCCAAAAGAGCAACAUGGGGUUCGGCUUCACUAUCAUCGGAGGGGAUGAGCCUGAUGAGUUCCUCCAGGUCAAAAGCGUCAUUCCCGAUGGACCUGCAGCAGCUGAUGGAAAGAUGGCCACAGGGGAUGUCAUUGUCUACAUUAAUGAUGUCUGCGUUCUGGGCACGACCCAUGCUGAUGUGGUGAAACUCUUUCAGUCUGUUCCUAUUGGUCAAAGCGUGACACUUGUGUUGUGUCGUGGCUACCCAUUACCAUAUGACCCAGAGGAUGCCUCAAACACCAACAACACCACCACCACCAUUAUCUCACCACUUGGCAUCAUGGAGCAGAGGCCCGUCAUGGUGAACGGCAGGACGGGCUAUGAUAACUACCUGGACUACCUGACCCGUACGGCGCGGUUCGUCACAGACCCCAGUCAGGACCACGUUAACUCCCAGCAGCACCUGCUUCUCACCACUCAUCCGGGUGACACCCACCUAGAUGGCUCGCUCCCAGCCACCACUGGCACCACGCCCCCUGACAGCGUCUCCAUGGCGUCGUCGGGCGCCACCCAGGGGGAGCUGCUGACUGUGACCAUGGUGAAGAGCGUUGACGGGUUCGGCUUCACGAUCGCUGACAGUCUAACGGGCCAGCGUGUCAAGCAAGUCCUUGAACCUCAGGGCUGUCCGGGCCUGUGUGAAGGUGACCUAAUCUUAGAGAUUAACAAGCAGCCCGUGGCAGGAUUCACCCACACCCAGGUGGUGGAGCUGCUAAAGGAGUGUGCUGUGGGAGCCGAGGCCAGCCUGGUGGUCCAGAGAGGGGGCACAGGUCACUUUUCACCCUGGAAGACUCCAAAACAGGUGUUGGAGCAGUGGGAGUCCCAGCAGGGCCAGAACAGCCCCGCUCAGACCAGCCGCUCAGCUCCCGUUAUCUCCCACAGCGCCCCCUUCCCAACACACCAUCUUCACAGGGCCUCAGUCCCAGACUCAGCCUCCAAGGCCUUGGCACUGGCCAAACCAGACCCCUAUGACCUUUUUGAGAAGUCCAUGGCUAUCUAUGAGAGUAGGCAACCUGUUCAACCCAGGACUGUUUUUCCUGUGGACCCUUCAGGAGCAGAGUACCAGGACAUCGAAGUCCACCUGCGCAGACAGAAGUCCGGGUUUGGCUUUCGGGUGCUGGGCGGUGAUGAGGCCGGGCAGCCUGUGAGUGUGGAGACACGUGAGAAGAUCCUUAUUGGUGCGAUCAUAGAGAAGAGUCCAGCAGAUCUAGACGGGCGACUACGGCCGGGUGAUGAGCUGCUGUUUGUGGAUGGGAUCCCAGUGGUGGGGAAGCCGCACAGAUACGUCAUCGAUCUGAUGCAUGCAGCGGGGCGGAACGGACAAGUCAAUCUGGUCAUCAGGAGGAGAGCGCAAGCAGCAGGUGAGUCGUGUCCAGAAAACAGCCGUAGUCCAGGCUCCGUCUCCAAGCAGCACAGCUCGCCCCACAGCGACUACACAUAUAGAAACAGCACCGGCACCAACCAGGCUCCCAACACCAGCAUAGGCAACGCCACUGCUACUUCAGACGGGACAUCCACUACCAACACAAAGCCAAGCGACGUCACAAUCAGCAGGAAGGAGAGUGAAGGUUUUGGCUUCGUCAUCAUCAGCUCGCUCAACCGGCCUGAAACGGUUGCAACAAACACUGUGCCCCAUAAAAUCGGCCGCAUCAUCGAGGGCAGCCCGGCCGACCGCAGCGGGAAGCUGAAGGUUGGAGACAGGAUCCUGGUGGUCAACGGCCAGUCCAUCGUCAGCAUGCCGCACGCCGACAUCGUCAAACUGAUCAAGGAUGCGGGCCUGAGUGUCACUCUGAGGAUCAUCACGCAGGAAGAGCUCAGCAACCCUCCGUCAGCCCCAACCUCAGAGAAGCAGAGCCCCAUAGCGCAACAGCACAGCCCAAAGGCCCAGCCCAACACCGCAGCCUCCCAGUCCAGUCAAGCACCAGCAGAAAUGUACUUCUCUGCUGCUCAGCCCAACCCAGCACCCCAUCAGAGCCCUGUGACCCAGCUUCCUGUUCCUCCACCUCAGACCUACACCCAUGAUGGCAGUUACAGAUCUGAGGUGAAGGCCAGACAAGACGUUAAACCAGAUAUCAGACAGCCUCCUUUCACGGAUUACCGGCAGCCACCGGUGGAUUACCGGCACCCUCCUGUGGCGGAUUACAGGCAGCCACCCACACUGGACUACAGACACCCACCGCUGCUCGAUUACAGGCCAUUUGCCAUCCCAGACUACAGGAUGCCUCCAGUUCAACUUUCGCAGGACUUCGACUACUUCACAGUGGAGCUGGAGAAAAGUGUGAAGGGCUUCGGUUUCAGCAUCCGAGGGGGGCGGGAGUACAAAAUGGACCUGUUUGUCCUACGGCUGGCGGAGGACGGACCGGCCAUCCGCAACGGGAGAAUGAGGGUCGGGGACCAAAUCAUUGAGAUCAAUGGAGAAAGCACCCGCGACAUGACCCAUGCCAGGGCCAUCGAGCUCAUUAAGUCUGGGGGUAGACGGGUCCGUCUCCUCCUGAAGAGGGGGACAGGACAAGUCCCAGAGUAUGACAAUGCCGCCCCAUGGGAUGGUCGCCCUUCAGCCUCCCCAAGCCUGUCGGAAGUAGGCCCUCCCAUUGAAAACCUCUCCAUGCCACCCCCUUCAUCUCAUUUGGCCCCGGCCCCCGACCCUCCUCAUUUGCCUCCUCAGGACCCCACUUGGGAUGCCGUGGCACGAGACAGCAGGAUGGAGCAAUCCAAAAGCCCCCAAAAAGCUGAGCUGCUGCUGAACAGCGACCCCAUUAUUCAGGGGAAGAGAAUUGCUAUGAGCAGCGGCGGCAGCAGAGCCAAGAUCGACGGUGGCAGGUCCACCCAUAAGGGACACAGGAUGCAGCAGCACACUACUGAUGGAGAAGGGGACAAGGAGGGACAAGGUGGGGAACCCAAACUUUUGAGCAGCACCAGAGGAAGAUCCAAGGAGAGGACUCACUCUCCCAGCAGCUCUAAGAUCCCACACACUAACGGGAACAGCAGGGAAAGUGCAGAGCGUAGGGGCAAGGCCAGGCUUAGAGAGCUCGACAGCGACCUAGGAGACAGCCAGCCUGGCCACCCCAGCAAAAGCACCAGCAGCAGCACCGCAGUGGGUAGGAAAGCCACGGUCUCGCCCGGUCCAUGGAAGAUCCCUGGAUCGGACAAACUGCCCAGCACGCUACGCACAGAUGUGUCCACGCUCAGCAGAUAACGCCGCAGCGUCCACGUUUGUCUGAACUGAACCACCCCAUCCAGAUGAGACCACAACAUUCACACCUUCCUGCUCCCAUAGCCUCCGACAGAUAAAAACAAAGCAGUGCAGGCUUAUCUGUACCAUGUCUUUUUAACUUUUAUUUAUACUACUGUAUUUUAAAUUAUUCUGAAGCAUUAUGUUACACCCACCACCUUAAGAACUGGAAAAUCAUCCACUUUUAACAAGAAGACAGAGCAAUCAGUAGCAGAGCAAGAGCUUUCUGAAACUUCUGAACUCCUAAGCCAAGCUGGACAGAAACCAGGCUUGGACUUUUUAUAUAAAUAUAUUUACUGUUCAAAUUGUAGUCUAUUUUAUGAAGUGGAAUGUUUAAAAAGAAGGUUAGCCUGCUUUUUGAGGAGUGAAUGAAUUAAAACGUGACCGAAGAGAUGAAAUUCACUCAUCAGCCGAGCUUUGCCUUAACAGAGACCGUGUGGGCCUCGGUCGCGCGCAACUAAUCCAUCACGAUUAAAGAUAUAUAAAAAUAUGAAAUACAUGCAAACAGUUUGUAAAUAGACCAUCUUCAUAAUGAAGAACAUUAUAACAAAAACUGAUGGGAGUUCAAGCAAAGCAGCAACGCGGACCAGAGACUGUCGGCUCAGCAUCUCCAUCUGCAGUUUCUGGGGUUUCUUCUGCAAUCGACUUCACAGUCUGUUUCCGUUCUGUACGACUGUACCGUUUAUUCAUUUUUAUAUCGCCAUUCUUGUGCUUGUGUGUUAGGGCGGUGUCCGUUCAGAUGCCAAGAGAUGAAUGAUGGUGACAGAGAAGCGUGCCUUAGACUGACAAAGAGUCUGGUUGCUAGAAAACACCAACUUCACAGAAAUUAAUUAGAAACCGUAUUUUUUAAAUGUGAUAAAUUGUAAAGUAUAUAAUUUAUUCCACAAGUAUGAAAAUUAAUCCAUUAGCAGGGGUCUUUUGUUUGAGCACAUGGUUCACUUUGGGUCAUCGCUUAUGUAAGAUCCACUAUUUUCCAUUAAGAAUCACUUACUUGUGUAAUCAUGUCAGCACCUUUCAACUCAAAUUAGUAAGCCUGUUGGUUAAUUAUUUUAAAAGGCAUUAAUGUUACUGAGGCCUCAUUAACGCGUUGUGUCAUUGGUUCUGUUUGCACUGUGUGAUGUUAGGAGAGGAAUAUCUGUGCCAAAGCUUGUUUGAUUUCAGCUACCCCAUGUUCGGUUCUGGUCAGACCUCUAUAUUGCUGAUUGGCAUGGUUGUUGUAUUGAUUUUAGGGCUCAAUGCUUUAUUCAACUCUUUUUUGCCCAUUCUGGAAUAUUUAUACAGCUCAAUGAUUUCUCAGAACAAGAACUAGGUGUGGAAGUUUAAAUUUUUUAUCAGGUUUUAUCCAUCCAGCCAUUGAUUUGAAGCUGAAGUUGUAGUCCAUCAUUUAUCCACUUUAAAAAAACAAAAGCAACCAGCCCCACAGCAUGAGGCCGCCAUCACCAUACUUGACAGUUGGUCCUUGGAUGUGAUGCCUAACUUUGAUUCCUCCAAACAUUUUUUCCAUUUUUAUUAAAAGCCAAAGUCUUUACAUCCGGUGACCACAAAACUUCUCUCUAGAAGUUAUUUAAAUUGUCCACAUGAGUAACUCCGAAUGUCAGACAAGCUGGAAAGCAUCGAUUUUAGAAGCAGGGCCUGCUGUCUCAGUUCGUACCAUUUCCGCUUUAUUGUAGACAGUGACACUGGUAUUCCAGCAGUUGCUGGUGGUUUUCUAACUCCCUAUCCAGUUCCAUUUCAGUUAAAGGUGACAAUCUGAAACUUUUAACAGAACAGUGAUCCCAAAUACGCAUACUGACCACAAUCACAAGAAGUAUGUUUGGAAGAAUCAAGCUAAGCCAUUCAAACCUAACCUUUAAAGCAUGGUAGUGGCAGCAUCAUGGAAUGGAGCUGUUGUGCUGCCACUGGUACAGAUGCACUGCUGGUAUUACUACCACUGUCCACAUUAAAGCGAGUUUUAAGUAAGCCGGUGGACUUGUGCCAAUGAAAUAAACCACCUCCCGCUUUAAUCUCCAUGGACAAAACAAAUACCUCCUGGAGAAAAGUCUUAUGGUUAGAUGAGGCAAAGAAAGACGAGAAUAAUGUUUGAUGGCACUCAAAGUUACAAUUGAGAACACUUGUCAGCUAUCAAGCAUGGUGGUGGCAGUAUCAUGCUGUGGGGCUGUUCUGUAGAGGCAUGUUCCAAAGUAACCUGGGUCAAAAUGUAAUCUAGGAGUGCUGCAACAAGAAGAGAGCAAGGAGUCCCCACUCUUUCCAUUUCAUGUUUUAUUUUACAUGAACAAAAAAAGGUUUAGCACAAGAUUUCCAAAGAAACAAAGAAGACUUCUACUAAAUUGACCAAAUCCAAAGUGAAACAAUAAAAUUUGAAUUUAGAAAAGAGAAAAAAUAAAAUGUAAAAUAUCAUUUUGUUGCUUUUUUGUUUUUCUUCUUUGAAUGCUAUUAUAACUUAAAAUGUUUAAAUGAACCCCUUACUGUUGUCAGUAAACAGGCGAGUAUUUAAAUGACUGCAGCUCACAUCAAAGCAGCAAAAAAGCACAUCAAUCCUCUCUUCUUACCUUUUAGGCUUUGCUUCAUUUAAUUUUUGAAAGUAAAUAAUUCAAACAUGCAACCGACUGCAUAAAUCCACUUUUUUAGGGGAUGAGUUGAGUAAAUUGUUGGUUUUUGGGGGGUUUAAAAUCUUGUUAAAGCAUCUGUACCUGGUAAUUUUCCCCCUGAGAAAGCCAGCAAUAAAGUUUCCUUCCUCUGCUCUGCUAAGGGAAGCGCUCAAAGCUUUUAAAAGAGAAAAGGGAGACGGGGACUCAUUAUGUUUGCCACUGUAAUCCGUAAUUACACAAGGACUAAGCUGACUGAUUGUAAAACAGAACCCAGCACAGAGGAGCAGGGGGUUUGGAGAAGCAGAAAAAUCAUCAGCUCGGCUCUUCGGCUUUAAUCUGAAUGUUGUGCAGGAAUUUUUCUUUCAUGAAAUCACUUCGGUUUGACACAGAAGCUGAAACUUUUGCACAACUCACUGUUUUCCUUCUCCGUCGAGCCAAACUGUGAGCAGAUGUCCGAGGACAUUUCGUCGACUGGCGUUGAAUUUUCCCCGAGCAGCUCUGUAUCACUGUGUGGUGUUUUAGCAGUGUGUUGACCCUGAACAAAUAUCUCUAUGUAGAAGAAGUGUUACUAUUGAUGGUCAGAGACUGUAAGUGAGCAACUAUUUUUAUUAAAAUGCAGCACUAUGAAUAUAUGACCUUUUGCAAAACAAAACAACCUUGUUUACCUGUAUCAUAUUCUGAAAUGCUGUCAAAAUAAAAAUCUUGACACACCAACGAUUCA